UUCUAGUUAGGUUUCUGUUGCUAUGAUAAAACACUGAGCAGAAAUAGCUUGAGGGAGGGUACAGCCGUCAUCUAGGGAAUCCUCAGAGGGACACUGCCAGUCACUGGCUUGAUCUCCACGGCUUAUUUAGCUUUCUUGCUUAUAACUCAGGACCACCUGCCCAGGUGCCACUGCCCACGGUGGGCUGAGCCCUCCCACGUCUGUUAUUUGAAUAAACAAAUCCAUUUUCAUUUCACACUCAGGAAGGCUGCCUGGGAAUAGAAAUGGCACAAGGGUGUCUCAGUGGGCUGCUGGCUGUACAGAGGGCACAGGUAGGGGUCAUCACUCUACUGCUUGGUUUUUAUCAACAGGACACAAACUAGAGUCACCGGAGGGACUUCCCAACAGAUAAAAUGCCUCUGCACUCUGGCCUCUGGGCCAUUGUUUUGACUGCUGAUAUAUGUUUGUUUAUCCAGAGUCUCAUCAGCUUCUACAUCCAUGUCAGCAUCUUGCAGCCGCUUUCAGACACUGAUCUGCUUUGACUUGUGGCGGAAAUGAACAUACAGAUAUUAUUCUACAGAAUGACGAAACCUUAUUUGCAUGCCCAUUAGUAUGAGUUUCUAAGGAGGCACCUAUCUUGCUACAAACCAGAUAAACUCUCCAGCUGACUUCCUCUUGUCAUGCUCAGCUCAGGGCUUCUGAUCAAUUUCCCUGUUGCUGCCCCAUGUCUUCUUCAGGUGCCAGCUUCCUCCAUGGUGUGCAGCCUGGGACACAAGAGCUCUCCCCUCUGCCGCCUUGACUUGUUGAAUGGGCUUCAGUAAUAGGGGUCCUAGGAGACAGGUAUCAGAGAAAACAUUCCGGGUCUGGAGAUGAACCUUCAGAGAGGCACUGUGGGUGCUCGUCUGUGAGCAUCCGAGCUUGUGGACGGUGCCCUGCCUGCCCCCUCUAGCUGUCCUCCCAACUUGUGGACGGUGCCCUGCCUGCCCCCUCUAGCUGUCCUCCCAACUUGUGGAUGGUGCCCUGCCUGCCUCAUUAGCUGUCCUCCCAGCCUUUCCCUCCUUUCCUCUCAGCUCUUCGUCCUUUCUCUGGACACCUCUCCUUUGUCCUUAUUUCUGGGUCAUCUGCCUCCACCCAUACUAUUCCUUGUUCCCCAGGUGUUUAGGUUCCUUGCAGCUCUCAGGCUCCAGGCUCACUACAGAUACCAUGUGGUAGGUUAAAAGGCACUGUGGUUUGGUGAUUAACAAGGCAGUGCUGGCUACACAUCAGAUGGGAAGCUGUCAUUGCAGGUCUGUGGACAACAUCUGGGCAGCUGAUAAAGGACUUCUUGGUGUGACAGGGCUAUCUCAGCAGCCCUUCAUUUGGGUCUGGAGCGCUUAGACCUGCUGGAGUCAGUACCUAUAAACCAGCGGAAUUGGUUUGUCUGUAGCAAAGGCUAUCAUGGCUUGGUUUUCCUGAGUAUAAAUUGGGAGUGAGAGUAAGUGCUUCCUAAAGGGCCUUAUAGUUGGGAAGGGUAGGAAAGCCGUGGGCCCCAAGGGGUUGAUUGUGUUCUCAUUGGAACUGUAGAGAAUGGGGUUGGAGUUAGGGUGCUGACCUCAUGCAGGAUGAAGGCCAGCUGCCCAUGGGACUCUCUGUAGGCUGGGUCAGUCCAGUGGUGCUCAGGCUGAAGGGUGGGGAUUGGGGUCAAAGUCCUGUAGGAGGCUUUCCUGUGCUGGGUCCUACAUUCCUGGUUCAGCUCAGCCAGGCUUGAAGCCCAGAUCUGGAGUAAAUCAACCAAAUUAUCUCUGUUUGACAUUCCAGAGAGGCUCUAGGAAGGAUUUGUGGAAGUAGGGCAGGAGCUGCCUUCCUCAGCCCCAUUUUGGCCUGGGUGUGAUAUUGGGGCCAUUUGGUAGAACGGUUGGACUGGCUAUCAAGCCUUAGUAGGUUAGCUGUCUUCGUGACUCUGGCAGGCUAGGAAGAGGAACCACGCCUUAGGGUCAGCUGGGUCAGCCAAGGCUCAGCUAGGCAGGAGGUGGCUCUCCUCCUAGAACUUCAGAAGAGCCCACUGGCUCUCAGCUGGCCUGUUCCCUUUGAGGCUGGCUUCUGGAGGAAAGCCAGACAGCCAGCUCCUGGGAUCAGGGGACUGAAAGCUUAGAACUCAGCCUGCUGGGAGUUGAGCUAGAACGCCGUUGGAGUGUGAACUGUGUCUGUGGACGAUAUGUGUGGUGUGUGUGACGGCCGGAAGGGGAGACUCCCCUGAGAAAAUAUUGGCAGGUUUCCUGUCUCCUCGCUGCCUAGAGAUUGUUACCCUUGGACACUGGAAGCUGGACCCCCAGGACUGACCAUACGCUCUGGCCUUUGCUGUUGUACCUCCUGAGACCUAGCUGUGCUGGCUGGACACCAGCCAGAACACUGAGGGCAGCCAGCAUGGAAGAAGAGCAGAGGCUCCCGGGGGCUGCCAGGGGCUUGCUGCUGAUUGGCCCUGCCUUCCAUUCUCCUAGGCAAGGUGCCAGGAAGCUGGAACUUUGUAAUCUGGGUAAUUAGCUUCAGACCCUGGACUGAGGCCGGCCAGGUCUUAGGGCUACUUCCCACAGGCUGUGCACCCUGACCCCAAGAGGGAGGCGAGGCGCUGUAUACAGAGGCCCUGCCAGCUGAGCAGUUAAAUUGUCAGUCCUGCUUGGGGAACGACUGCAGCCACCCCUCACACACACACCUUCCACCCCACCCCCUGCCACACUGCCCUCCCUGCCUAGGCUCUGCCCCUUAGGGCAGCUAGGCCUGGUCAUAGUGUGGGGCCUUCUGUUUCAGCCUUGUCAGGAACAGAGAGCACCAAGUCUUAGGAAGGGGAUGCCCCCAAGGGUGCCAGUCCAGCCAGCUGCCCCACCCUUCAGGCUUGUCCUGUCCCCGCAAAUCCAAAUUGUGGUGCCCCAAUCAACCCUGUGGGCAGACAUCCACCACCAUGGCCGAGCACCUGGAGCUGCUGGCAGAGAUGCCCAUGGUAGGCAGGAUGAGCACCCAGGAGCGGCUGAAGCAUGCCCAGAAGCGACGUGCCCAGCAGGUAAAGAUGUGGGCCCAGGCUGAGAAGGAGGCCCUUGGCAAGAAGGGUCACAAGGAGCGACCACGGAAGGAGGUGUCUGACCUAAGGCCUCGGAAGCAGGUCCUCUUCCCUCCCAGCAUUGCUCUCCUGGAGGCUGCUGCCCGAAACGACCUGGAAGAAGUUCGCCAGUUCCUUAGUAGUGGGGUUAGCCCCAACCUGGCCAAUGAGGAUGGCUUGACGGCACUGCACCAGUGCUGCAUUGAUGACUUCCGAGAGAUGGCACAGCAGCUCCUGGAGGCUGGGGCUGAUGUCAAUGCUCGGGACAGUGAAUGCUGGACACCUCUGCAUGCUGCAGCUACCUGCGGCCAUCUGCAUCUGGUGGAACUCCUCAUUUCACGUGGCGCAGAGCUCCUUGCAGUCAACACCGACGGGAACAUGCCCUAUGACCUGUGUGAGGAUGAGCAGACACUGGAUUGCCUCGAGACUGCCAUGGCCAAUCAUGGUAUCACCCAGGACAGCAUUGAGGAGGCCCGGGCAGUGCCAGAGCUGUGCAUGCUGAAUGACCUCCAGAGCCUACUGCGCGCUGGGGCCAACCUCAAUGACCCUUUGGACCAUGGGGCCACGCUGCUGCACAUCGCCUCUGCUAAUGGGUUCAGUGAGGUGGCUACCCUGCUGCUGGAGCAAGGAGCCAGCCUGAGCGCUAAGGACCAUGAUGGCUGGGAGCCUCUGCAUGCUGCAGCCUACUGGGGCCAGGUGCACCUGGUAGAGUUGCUUGUGGCACAUGGGGCUGAUCUGAAUGGAAAAUCCUUGGUGGACGAGACGCCCCUCGACGUGUGUGGGGAUGAGGAGGUGAGAGCCAAAUUGCUAGAGCUCAAGCAUAAACAAGAUGCGCUCCUGCGGGCCCAGGGCCGUCAGCGCUCCCUGCUGCGCAGGCGGACCUCUAGUGCAGGCAGCCGUGGAAAGGUGGUGAGGAGGGUGAGCCUGACGCAUCGCACCAACCUGUAUCGCAAGGAGCAUGCGCAGGAGGCCAUCGUGUGGCAACAGUCACCACUCACCAGUCCAGAGCCGCUAGAGGAUGAGGACAGACAGACAGAUGCUGAGCUCCGACUGCAGCCCCCAGAGGAAGACAGCUCUGAGGAGGCCAGGCCACACAAUGGCCAAGUAGGGGCCCCACAAGGGAAGCACCUGUACUCGAAGCGUCUAGACCGGAGUGUCUCCUACCAGUUGAGUCCUGCGGAGAGCAAUGCCCCUGAUGCCCUCGUCCGGGACAAGGCGCACCACACACUGGCAGAACUUAAACGCCAGCGCGCGGCUGCAAAGCUGCAGCGACCGGCCCCUGAAGGGCCUGAGACCUUUGAGCCUGGCCUGUCUGUUGACACUGAGACCCCCCAACCGGACUGUGGCUUCAGAACAACUGGGGACCCACCUCUGCUCAAGCUCACUGCCCCCUCGGAGGAGGCUCCUGUGGAGAAGAGGCCGUGCUGUUUGCUCAUGUGAAAUGUGACCCCUCAGUAUGGCAGGGUUCAACCCCAUGCCCAGCCAGAGGCUUCCUCAUGAUCUCUGGCCUGGUGGCCCACUCCAGCACAUGCCCCAGUGCUGUAGGGGAGCCAGCACAGAGCCCUGUACCCCCUUCCAGCCCAGGACACAGGCCACCUUGCUCAGGGAUGGACUAUGCAGAGCUAGCUGUACCUGUGGGCCUCAGGCUACAGGCUGCUUAUCCUGUGACUCUUGAUAAAGGCUGUUUGCCACUGA